UGAGUCCUCUCACCACACUCUCUUCAUCUCACACUCUUUCACUCUUUUCCAUCUCCCUCUUCACUCUUCACCUUCUCCUUUUGUCAUCCCCGACGAUGCUCGCCGCCACUCUCCUCUUCUUCGCCGCCGCCGCGCGCGCCAUCCAGAUCACCUCCCCCGCCAACGGCACCGUCUGGUCCGCUGGCCAGGUCCAGACUAUCACCUGGGACUUCGUUAGCACCGACCCCGACCGCUUCAUCCUCGCCCUCCAGAUCCAGCAGCCCUUCUCGACCCAGGAGGUUGCCACCGUCCAGACCGAGGCCGGCUCGUACUCGUGGACUCCCUCCGCGUCCUCCGUCGGCACUGACUACCGCAUCAACUUCCUCAACGUCCGCGACAACGGCAUCCUUGCUCAGUCGGGCUACUUUGACGUUGAGCAGGGCACUGCCGUCGCUGCGUCGUCGUCGAGCUCCGCCGUCGUGUCUCGCUCGUCGGCCGCUUCGCGCUCGCUCUCGGCCUCGGCCAGUGCCUCUAACAGCCGCUCGGCCAGCGCGUCUGCCUCGGGCUCGGCUUUGCCCCCCAACGUCUCCAACGCCCCCGCUGGCAGCGGCGCCGGUGCGCUCGUCCCCUCGCUCGCCCUCGUUGCCGGCUCCCUUGCUGCCCUCCUCGCCUAAGCCUUUGUCUAACCUUUUUUUUCCUUCCUCUUAGACUGG